CACGACGCCGCCCCCCCCCUCCCCCCCCCUCUCGAAUCCGACCACCAAGUUAACGCGACACCAACGAUCCCGCAGCCGCAGACUCAACCAGGCCACGAAUUUUUGAACCUGCACGAAUCCCCCCGAUCGUAUCGCAAAUAUGGGCGACGUUAUCAAGGAGGUGCCGCUCACGGCGGUCCGCGUUGAGGCCCUUGUGAGUACUGCCCGGAUUCUGCCCCACCUCUCCUCACAUUGGGGCUUCAUACUGCAGUGUGGUCAUGAUGGGAGGGAUAUCGUAAGGGAAAUGUAUGUGUGUGUGUGUGUGUCGCUGACCUUUGAUGUGCCUCUAGGUGGUGAUGAAAAUCGUCAAGCAUGGCUCCACGACCUUCCCCACGACCGCCACCGGUUCCAUCGUCGGCAUGGACACCGAAGGUCUCCUCGAGAUCACCAACACCUUCCAGUUCCCCACGGUCGACGUCGCAAGCACCGACAGCCACCAAAACAGCCACCAGAACGAUGCCUCGGCCCUCGCUGCCGCCGCUCCCCGCCAGAAGGCCAACAUUGUCUACCAGAACGACAUGAUCAAGCACUUGAAGGAGGUCAACGUCGACGCUAACAACGUCGGCUGGUACACAAGCGCUGCUAUGGGCAACUUUGUCAACCUCAGCUUCAUCGAGAACCAGUACCACUACCAGAAGGACAACGAGCGGACAGUCGCCCUCGUCCACGACGUCAGCCGCAGCUCCCAGGGCUCCCUGAGCCUGCGCGCUUUCAAGCUCACCCCGUCAUUCAUGGCGGCAUACAAGGAGGGCAAGUUCACGACCGAGAGCCUGAAAGCCUCCAAGCUCACCUUCAAGGACGUUCUCGCCGAGCUCCCCGUCGAGAUUCACAACACCCACCUCCUGACCUCUUUCCUGCACCAGCUUCCCGGCCUCCCCGAGCAGGACAAGAUCGAGUCGCCCAACACCCUGGCGGAUCUCCGCGACGACCCCCUCAAGCAGCAGCUCCACCCCUCGGUUGAGAACCUCGACCUCUCGAUAGACCCCUUCCUCGAGAAGACGUGCGACCUCCUGCUCGAGAGCAUCGAGUCCCACUACACCGACCUCAACAACUUCCAGUUCUACCAGCGCCAGCUCGGCCGUGAGCAGGCCAAGAUCACGCAGUGGCAGACCAAGCGCAAGGCGGAGAACGCGGCGCGCGCGGCGGCCAAGCAGGCGCCGCUGCCCGAGGACGAGUGGCAGAGGCUGUUCAAGCUGCCCCAGGAGCCCAGCCGGUUGGAGGGCAUGUUGAACGCGAAGCAGGUGGAGCAGUACAGCAAGCAGGUGGACGGAUUCACGGCCAACAUCAGCGCCAAGAUGUUUGCUGUCAGGGAGAACCUCCUGCCCAAGCGGGCUUAAAUGGACGCUUAAAGCAGGCUCGGGUCCUUAUUUCGCGGCUCCGUGGAUGUGGAUAAAUAAGAACCAAAACGGAAGACCGGCGUGAGACGACGGGGGAGGAGAGGAGAGGAGAGGAGAGCAGAGUCAAGGCGAGGGGAGACACAAAAAGGAGAGAGG